AUGGUGAGCGCCAAUGUGCAGUCUUUUUCAAGGCCUAGACGCAGCACAUCAAACGGUCCCAGUAGAUUUCCACCACACUCGCGCAGCUUCUCCAACGGCCACGACGGUGCCCCGCCGCGUCCGGUUCGGAGCUACUCCAACGGGCCCUUUGCCACCGGGCCCGAGGUCCCUCCAUCCCUAAACAGACAGAAUCUCGGGAGUGAUGACGAUAGUGUGCCACCUCUCCCUACUCGCAACAACUACUCAAACGGCUUCGACAACAAUCCUCCACAACCGAUCCGAUCCUACUCGAACGAGCGCGCAAACAUACCCCCGCUGCGCACGCGAAGCUUCUCAGCAGCGUCAACCGUCCACGACGAAGCAUCUCCUGUCAUAUCUGCACGAUCAUGGAUGUUCAAGGAGGGUGCAGUUCCAUGGGGUGACGCCAGCCGGAGGGACGGAGCCGGGUUCACGUCCCGCUCGCCAUCUGACUAUUCCCAGGAGCCGGAACCGCCCAAGCGAAAGCGCAGGCCGUGGUACCGAAUCGGGUUCUGGGGUUUCAUGACGAUAAUCCACGGCACGAUUCUCAGCUUUGCCUUCUUGGCCUUUCUUUCUUUUCUUUGGUUGACAAAGGAGAGGUUCGACCCGGAACUCGCAGGCCCGACCUGGAGAUGGGUUAUGCUGGGAGGACGAGUCACGCAGGCCAUCACGUUGGCUACUGUACUCAUCCGAAUCGCCGUCACGACCAAAGCGGCGGUUUUCACCAGCUUGAUCGCAUGCAUCAUGCUCGAAAAGCACGGCGUGCCUCUUUCUCAGGUGGCCGAGCUGUCUGUCUUGAGAUGCGUCAACGACGGGCCCAUGAGACUGGCCUGGCUCCUACUGACUUCAUGUCGCAAGUCGCCAUUGCUGUCCAUCGUGUCGCUUGGCCUGAUUCUCACAACUGUCGCCGUCCAGUUCUCCUCUACGAUUUUGGUCUCGGAUCUCGACUUCACCAGGAUCAUUGGUGAGCCGGGGAACACAUCCAUGCCCGUCUUUAUGAACAUGGACGUCAUCAACCUCAACCAUCAGUCUAAUGGCUGGGUCGAAAGGCCCACAGCAUAUAUCCCCUUUGGGGAGCUGGGAUCUGGGAUGAACUCGACGCCGACGCAAUUGGGUGUCAGCGACACGGGAAUUGUUCGCAAGGUGUUUCUGCCAGUGUCAACCAAUGACCAAGAGCACGUCCGUCGUUACAGUGGUCAAGCGGUCGUCUUCAACUCCAGGUUUGUCUGCAUGCGCCCGUCCGUCAGCGCUGCUGCUGUGACCUCGUCGGCCAACGUAUGGCCGGGGACGUCGUUCCUGCCACUCUUCCUCAGUGUUUGGGGCAACAUCGACUACGAAGCGACCUUUGCCGACGCCGGCAUGCCUCUUCCUCCAAACUGCCCCGGAGGUAGUUGUUUCCCUUCGGCAUUCAACUGUUCUUUGAGCCAACACAUGGAUGCGUCGGCGCACCAGCGACAAGGCUUCACCAACAGCAUUUGCAUGCCCGACGGUAGUGGUGCGGCUAGCAGUGCCAAAAACUUCACCCUGCCCGAGGAUGAAGCAGUACCCGCCUAUGCUGGCGUCUUUCUCUUCUUCCGGAGCAACAGCACGAUCGACCUCUGGCGCGGGCCCAACGAUACCGCGCUCAACGGAGACUUUCCGCUGCCAAACCCGCCCACGCCAGCCGGCGAGUGGGUCACGUACGAACGUGCUGUGGGCGGUCGCAUGGGGGGAAUGCGGUUCAUCAACGGCGGCAUGCGCCUCGACAUGUCGAUCUGUUUCCAACAGCUUACCUUUGACAUGUCCGAUGUCAAGGUCUUCAGUCCGAGGGACCUCGAACGGCCGGUGGUGUCGUGGGACUCGGCAAAGAUGCGCUGGGACACCAAUGCCGUGCGUAGGAUGAUCGACCCGACAAGUCAGGACUUGGGCGCGGACGGCAGCAGGCCGAAUAUGCUCUCGCCGGCAGAGCGAGGGACCUACGAGGUCGAGUCGAUCUCAUCGACGCGGAGUCGCAACAUGGCGACGUACUUCAACAACAAGCUGAUCAACAGCAACUACAACUCGCCGCAGACGAACAACGUCUCGCUGUUUAUGGAUCCGCUUGGGCUGGGGAAGCCCACCAUUUCCCCUCAUGUCGAGUACCAAGUGCUGUUCUCGGAUGCGCUGAACUCGACCAACCGUCCCGGGUGUGCAUUCCAGGCGGUAUUGACAGCGAUGGCCGGGUCAGCCAUCAACGAGGCCAUCCCGCAGUUCAACAUGAUGGGGAAUACGACGCUCACCCUGUCCGUCUCCAUCUUGACGCCGCGCAGGGUGAAGGGUCUGAUAGCGGUUUUUGCCAUCGUCCUGGGCAACAUGGCGUGCGGAAUCACGGUCAUGGCUCUGUUCUUCCUCAAGACCAAGUUCUCCACCAGAGGCAACUCCUGGCAGGCCGUCUCCCAGCUCGUCUCGGAACACACGGCGUGGCUGCUCGAGGAGUCGGCCGAGCUGACGGACGAAGAGAUUGAGAAGAAGUUCACGAGGGACAUGGAUCCCAGCGUGCAGAUCGCCCGGUCGGGGAAGACGGGCAGGGUGCAAGUCAUGUUGUCGACGGCGGUUCGGCAGGGGAAAUAA